GUCGCCUUUGCUAAUGUCAUUCCAAGCUCUCCUACCACGCCUCCAUACCAGACAUGUCAAGAAACCGAUUAAUUACCUGAUUCAAGCCACGAGAAAUUACAAUGUGUAUGAACCAUUACUACAAAAGCGGGGCGGGGUGAUGAGAACGGUCCUUGCAUUUCAUUUUCUGAGAACUUGGUACAAAGCUAUAGUACCUCAUGCCAACGAGGAAGAUUGCUUACCGCAGGCCCACGUCCGCCGGGCCGGUGCGUUCGAAACGAAAUGGGCAGCGCCAUCCACAGGAUCUGGUGCAGACGUUCAUGUAGCUCCAGACAGCCAAUCAUCUAGUUCACAUCAGAAAACCGAUGCCCCAGCCACUUCUCAACAACCAUUUUGGGCCGACCACUGGCAACCAUCCGGUGAGCCCACAAUUUCAAGUUAUUCUGCUAGUAAGAAGUCCAGGAGAGGCCAAACGCGGCUGAGGGACGGGUACCCCUGGUUCAAACCAAGCUGAACCACAGCUAAGCAGUUCAUUAAAGUUGACUUACUGGAUUAUCUGCACCUUCCAUUUCUCAUGAUGACAUGUAAAUGUGGACAUUGUGACAAUUAUUUUUGCAU